UUUUGUCUUCCAAAGAACAUUUCACGAUUUGCAGAAGACCUCAAACCCCUAACCCCUAAAACUCACACAGAGAAACGCAAAGAUCAAAGACAACCAUGGCGCUCUGCAGAUUACGUUCAGCUUCGUCUCUCUUCUCCAAGCUUCUCCCGCCGUCCAAUGCUCUCCGCUCUUUCUCCACAGAAACCCAAUCAUUGAAAGAGAAAAUGAUGGGCCCAAUGGCUCAUCUCGACGUAAACUCUCAAAUAGGAAGUUGUAUGCCACUCGCGGCAAUGCGAAUCGGCACAAUUAUUCACAACAUUGAGGUCAACCCCGGUCAAGGCGGGAAGCUAGUUCGCUCGGCGGGCACUUCAGCCAAGAUUUUGAAGGAACCCACUUCAAGAUACUGUUUAGUGAGGCUGCCUUCGGGAGAUGAGAAGAUGAUUGAUACUAGGUGCCGGGCUACGAUUGGUUCUGUGUCAAACCCUAGCCAUGGGCAGAAGAAGCUGAGGAAGGCAGGGCAGAGCCGGUGGUUGGGACGAAGACCAGUGGUUAGAGGAGUGGCGAUGAAUCCGGUUGAUCAUCCUCAUGGAGGAGGUGAGGGAAGAAGCAAAAGUAGUGGGAAUCAUGGAAGGACUUCGCUUACGCCGUGGGGAAAGCCUUGUAAGUGUGGUUAUAAGACUGCUCAUCCUAAGAAGAGAAAGUAAAGGAGAUUAUUAUGUGUUUGAUGUCAGAAAGAUUUUGUGUUUAUCGUUAAUAAGAUUCAAGUCUAAUUUUGGAUUGAUUUUAGUUGUUUCAAAUGCUUCCGGCUUUCGUUAGAUCAGUUUUGCUCUUUAUUUCCUUGUUACUGUUUGAAUAUUAUGCAACUGACAUCAACGAUUUGAGAAUUGAGUUUCCAUAUGCUUUGUUGCAAAUAUGGUAGCAAAAACUGUACAUUAUUACUGGCUAUUUGGAAAAGGAGAGUGAAUUGUAUUUUUGGUCUUA